AUGAGGCAAAUACUUUUCCCAGUGCUACUCGUUCUAGCCAACGCUCAGUCUUCAGAGGAUGCUAGUGUUUGCGUGACGCCCGGCUGCACGAUGAUCGCUGCCUAUAUGUUUGACUGGGUGAAGUUCCUGCAGUACUACACCGUCGGCCGCCCAAAGUCAAGCGUCACCGAUGGCACGACAGUGCAACUCCGCGGCGCGUUGCAGAUUUAUAAGGAGUUUUUCGACGUGCUCGACGCCGCCGAGCCGCUGGUCGUCGCCGACUUCGUGGUGCUGCAGUGGCUGAUCCGCGUCCUCGUCAGCCCAGAUCGUGAUGACCCAUGCGUGAACACGGCGAUCCAAAACUUUGACAAGCUCUUCGAGCACUACCUGGCCACGGAUCUGCGCAGUGCUGCGGAUAUGAAAGGGGCUAAGAAGUUGAUCGGCCCGGUCGUCGCCGCCUUCCACGAGAUUCUCGACGAGAACACCUGGAUCGAGGCGGACACCCGAAAAUAUAUGAAGGCCAGGCUCGACGGGAUUCGGAUCGAUAUUGGCUACAACAGCAACGCGCUCGACACGCGGAUGGCCGACGCGUUGGCCGAGGAGCGCGACUCGCCGAUGAACCCGGCGAAGAAGUGCCGCGUCCUGCGCAUCAUCAGGAAGCAU